CGGGCCAUCGCACUUUUCGAUCGACUGCAGGGAGCAGCCUCCCCGGAUUGAAGGCUUCACACUCCCCGUGUAUAACACGUUGAUCUUUGUACCCAUACGAUGAGGAUUGAGAAGUGCUACUUCUGCUCAAAAAGCGUUUAUCCUGGUCAUGGUUCCGCAUUCGUGAGGAACGAUGCCAAAGUUUUCCGGUUCUGCACAUCAAAGUGCCAUAAAAACUUCAAAAUGAAACGCAACCCCCGUAAAGUGAGAUGGACGAAGGCGUUCCGAAAGGCGGCAGGAAAGGAGAUGACGGUCGAUUCAACUAUUGACUUCGAGAAGCGAAGAAACGUUCCUGUACGGUACGACCGCGAGCUGGUGCAGACAACGGUGAAGGCUAUGAAGCGGAUAGCGGAGAUCAAGAAGAGGAGGGAGCAUGCCUUCUGGAAGCACAGAAUGGCAGCGGCGAGGGAGAAGAUGAAGGCGCACCGGACGAAGAAGUCGGAAAUCAAGUCAAGACCUUCUGUCAAACUGGUCCAACCCAUGACUGUGGAGUCCGAAACCGUCAUGGUCCGGGAAAAGAUCAAGGUGCCUGCCUCAUCCAAGUCCCGGAGUGCACUUAUCCCCGGAGAAGGGCAGUCCAUGGGUAUGGAUGUCGAUUGAGGUAUUAUUUGCGGUAUGGUUAGAGUCAGAGUCCCUUGCAUCACCUAUUUGCGUCGCACGCGAAUGGCCCUGGGAUGCAAAUGUAUAAUACAGGGUGGCAUAUCUAUGAUACAGUGUGUGUAUGCUAAUAUGUAGGCCUACAGAUGGGAGAGAUGCCGCCUGAUGCUACAACGUCUGUGCUUGUGUAUCUGAUAAUUCGAAUCCUCAGCGACGUUUAUACUUUGCUUCGGCUUCCUGGCG